AUGCCUCAUUUGCGGCAGCGCCCUCAAACCUGGGCGUUGGUCCUUUUGCUCAUCGCCACUGUUCUGAAUAACGUUGCUCUGGCGCGUGUGGAUUGUCGGGUGGACUCAUGUACCAACGGGGGUGCCUGUGUCGUUCACGGCAACUUCACCGAGUGUGUCUGCCCCAGCGCAUGGCAGGGCUUACGUUGCCAGUACCCCACCGUCUGUAGAACCAACUUCGACUGCGCCCGCGGUCUUUGUCAAAAUGGCAAAUGCUCUUGCCCGGGCAACUGGGGCGGCGGCGCUUGCGAGUUGCGCUUCACAGACCUCGGCUACUUCUACGACCUUCAGCAGGACAAAAUCGAAGCCUGCCCUACUGGUACCUACAGUUCCGCCCUAUACGGCUCGGUAUGCCGACCCGUGAUUUUGGGCCAAUUCCCCAUCCGCUUUGGCAUUUACGCCGACAGCGCCGCCACCCACAUCACGGGCUGUCCACAAGACCACGAAUGUAUUCCCCCCACAUACGAGCCGAUUGCGUGUGACGAUGAGGAGACGGCCUCGUACGAGUCAGGCAUGUGCUCCGAUGACGCCUGCCCGCCGGGCUGGACCGGUGACUACUACUGCGAAAAGUGCCCCUCUGGCACUUACAAAAACGAAACCAGCCGGGCACCAUGCACCACAGUCCCCACCGGCUAUUAUGCCACCAUUGUCAUGGACGAGUACGUGUCGUCCUACGAGUUGAACGGAAUGAAUCCCGCACCCGUUACUAGCCGUGCCUCGGAUAUUCGCUCGUGCCCACCCGGCUGGGCCUGUCUUGGCGGGAGCAUCAAACCCUUUCGAUGCCCAUCCGGUUUAGCUAAGCCGGCGAAGGAUUCCUGCCGCCCCUGCCCGGAGAAUCACAUCAACAACGGCCAAUUUGCCGCUUGCAUCCCCUGCCCGGCCGGUACCUUUGCCUUUUCCGACACGGAAUGCCUCAAGAUUUUCACAGAAUGCCCAGCCAGCAUGUAUUCGGCCUCAGGAGCGGCACCAUGGAUAAGCACCGCUGAUUUGCGCGUGUCCUUUGGUAGCUUGACACCUGAAGAUGUCCUACACCCAUACGUGCUCGACAAUAUCAGCUAUACCUAUGAACAGCACUAUUACAGCAGCGAGGACCUUCAAGAAUUCACCUUCAAUGUCACCUUGAACCUAUACUCUGGCAGCACGCCCACUUUUUCCUGUGUCAUCCGCGACAUCAUCUCCGAUGGGUGGACAGAAUACGUCGACGACCUGGGUCGACUGCAACAAGGGUCUGUGCUUCGCCAAUAUCUGGCCUCAGACACCAUGCUCGUCCAGGGCGGCACAUACGUCCCAACACUGGAGAUCAAUCGCACGCCAUCCCGACUUAGCGCCAAGAUUAGCAGCCACACGCCAAUCACCUACGAUGGGCCCUCCUUUGUGGGCCAAGGUACCACACUCAUUGCUGAGCUUGUGUACUGCGAUGCAGAUGCCAGCAACUCCCGCGUGCGUGGCACAAGUGACCCAGUGGAUGUGGAAUUUGCCUUCCUGGGCGGUGGACAAAUGUCGACCACGAGCUUUGAUUACAACGACAUUAUCGCCGGUACCUUUCUCCCCCUGGACACAAACAACUUUGUUGUGACCGCGGAGGCACAUGAAAAUUCCGCUAAUUUUGUGCGAGCUGAUCCCACCAAACAGUGCUUCCAGUUGCACGCCGAGCUCUCCAUGGACGGAUGGCCUAGCAUUGAGUCAACUGAAAUUGUGGUCAGCUUCAUCCUGCCUCCUUCUUUUGCCAACAGCCUGGGCAACAACUCCAUGCUCUACCCGGUUGCCGGCUCCGCCGUGUUCUUCCAGAGCAGCUUGACAGAGCAACAGGAAGCCUCCAGGACCAACGUGAUUAUAUCGGGCGAUUUUUCCGCACCCAUCUUUGUUGGAUGCAAGGACGUCGUUUUUGUUGUUAACACCACGGACUCUCAAGUGGCAGUCAAUUGGACGGUGCCUUCAGUGCUUGACAACGUCGGUGUCACGGCUUUCUAUGCCAGCGCCACACCUGGACUCGUCAAAUCUUGGAACGAUCUUCCCUUGACAGUCACCUACGACGCCAACGAUGCCGCUGGAAACCAUGAAUCGUGUACAAUGGUCAUUGACGUGCGCAACAUUGCUUGGUCUGAGGCGACGCUUGCCGUGCGCAUGCUCAACCAAGCCACUACCUUUGCUGCCGAAGAAGUUGAGUCGCAACUUAGCACAUUGAUGCGCCGCAUCUCUUUGCUUGAUCCUAUCGAUUCGAACCCCUUUCAAGAUUUCCAGAUUGACCUGGACGACGCCUGUGUCUGGGCAUGGCGCAUUCAAGCACCAACCAACUUUCAAUUACAGAAACGUGGUGGCUCGAGCAGUCUUGAAUUUCAGCUGGUUACGACCAUGGAUGCUGUGGUAGGAAGUAUUGACAGCAGCUUUUUCAACCACGCAUUUGUUCGCGUCGAUUUUGAGAAUCUACUUCAUGCAAACACCCAAGCCCCCGCGCAGCUUGAUGCGCACUGGUUCCAGGCCGAAUCGGUGCUGGACGACCGCGAUGGCUACAGGCUACGAAUCUGGGGCAGCGGUGCAGAUGAAGUAUUUGACAGGCACCUGGUGUUUUCAGCAAUGAACAUUCGCAUCGUUUUGCCCGAGUUGACUCGAUUACAGACUCAAGAUGUGCACCUCUUAAACUUUUCCGUGCGAUGGGCAAGCCUCGACCUUCGCAUCCCCGCAUCUACGGACGAUCCCGAGAACUUUCUGACGCUCAUCAAGGAAGACUCGGAGCCACCACAGCUCACCUGCCCACUGGAUAUGGAGCGCACUCUGGGUGAAGACGAGUCUUCCUACAUCCUAAGCUAUGCCGAGGCCGUUCCACGUUUGCUAAGAGACAACAAGGCCCGUAUCCCGAAUCCUCACAUUGUGGACUUCCUUUCCGUUAGCCGCACUUAUCGCCAACUCAAGGCCUACAACUUUGCGGAUCGCUUACAAGAAUUGGAGGACCAGCUUGAAGGCGAAGGAGACCUUGUGGUACCACGCGAAGUGGAGCGACGACAUCUCAAAGUACUGGAAACGUUGGGCAGUGGCCAUUGGGGCAUCGUGUCCAAAGCUCUGCUGGAGGAGAAUAUCAUGUCGGGUGUACCAGGCUUCUUGGUGGCCGUCAAAAUUCUUAAAACGCAGUCGGAUGAGGCACUCAUUGAGCUGACGCGCGAAGCCGCCUUCAUGGCUCAGUUCAACCACGACAACGUUGUGCGCCUGCACGGUGUCAUCACGAAGGAUCAGCCCGUAAUCAUGAUCAUGGAAUAUUGCGAGCAUGGCAGUCUGCAGUCUUUCCUGCGCGACAACGACACUGCACCCCAACAGCGACUUCAAAUGGCGCUGGACGCCGCCAUGGGUUUGGCCUACCUUGCAGGGCGCGGUGUCGUCCAUCGCGACGUGGCGGCUCGUAACGUGCUCCUGUCUAGCGAGCUGAGGGGCAAGAUUGCCGAUCUGGGUUUGACGAGACAAGCUGAGGCCGACUCAGAGUACUACACCUCCAAGGGUGGUGCCGUCCCUGUCAGGUGGUCCGCCCCAGAGGCGCUCGAGGAGCACAAGUUCUCACAAGCCUCGGAUGUCUGGAGUUGGGGCAUCCUUCUGUAUGAGAUUGAGACAAAGGCCGCCUUGCCGUAUGACGGCAUGUCGAAUCAGAAAGUUUGGAUCAACGUGGCUGCUGGUUACCGCCUGGAGAAACCCACACAAACACCCGCGGCCCUCUACGCCUUGAUGCGCGACUGCUGGGCAGAGGAGACCAGGAGCCGCCCGGGGUUUUGCGAGGUGGUAAAUCGUCUCGAAGACUUUGCCAUCAGCCAAAACUUUUCCUACGAAAUCCCUCGGCCGAUGUCCGGUGAUGCCUCGCUUUGCACGAGUGCUUACACCUCUGCAGGCUAUGAAAAGCCUGUGCGAACGGAAUCCCCUUUGCCGCCCUUGACCCCAGCCUUGUCCUCGACGGCCGUAUCGCCACUGCCGCCGCCUGUGGCCCCACGCCCCACCCUGCAGGCACCACCGCAUCUGUCGUCGCGGCCGGUGAGCGCCAAUAGCGGCUAUGAGCGGCCACAAGCCGCUUCGCUCGCGUCUAGUCACUAUGAUGCCCCAGCAUCGACUCUGCCUCGCCGCAGCAAGUCACCGCGAGCGUCACACCACGGGCACCCUGCUCCUCAAUUGACAUCAGUGAGCGAGGCCAGUGAACUGGCCGACCUGGCGUCCAGCAUGCCCACGGUCACCACGAACGACUCGGCCCCCACCACUUUUGCUUCCCCCGAGGCCACCUACCUGCCUCUGGUCGGCCGUGGUGAUCAGCUGUUGUACGCCGACCAGGCCCUCCCUGACGCCAACAGCAUCAAUCGCGUGGAGACCCUGCGAACAAGCAACCCACCCUCGAAGCGCAGUUCAAGUGCGUGCAGCAGCAUUGCAUCAGAGCCUGCAGAUCAAGGAUACAUGAACCUAUACUCUUCAGCCAUUGCAGCAUACGAAACCGGCGUGGUGCGCAAUAGUGCUGACAACGGGGCCGUCAUUGACAUGCCCAACAAUGAGAGCGUGAAUCCCUUGUACAAGCCUCACUCGCGGGCAAGCAGUGUCGGGGGCUUGACCCGCAACAACUCUCGAGCAAGCAGUCUGGUUUAA